AUGGCUUACAUAAAUGCUGCAUUUCGUUCGUCCCAUGUAAAUGAAGCCUAUUUCUUCGCGAACAACGAGUAUGUGUUAAUGAACUAUGCUCCAGGCACGGCAAAUGACAAGGUGUUGUUUGGACCGCAUCUUAUAGCUACUGGAUUUUCAUCCCUCAAAGGCACAGCCUUUGCAGAACCUGGAAUAGACUGUGCUUUUGGGUCUCAUCAUAAGGAUCAAGCGUUCAUCUUCUCUAAAAAUCUUUGUGCACAGAUUAACUACGCACCACACUCUGCAAAUGACAGGAUAAUCAAAGGACCGAUGACCAUCACUGCAAUGUUCCCCUUCUUCAAAGGGACGGUGUUUGAAAACGGCGUAGACGCCGCGUUUGAGUCAACGAAAGACUAUGAAGCUUACCUCUUCAAAGACAACCAAUAUGCUCUUAUUAACUACGACUACGAUUCCCACCUCAUCUCCACCCGUCUCAUCAAUCGAGGCUUUCCUAGUUUGAAAAACACCAUCUUCGAAAGCGGAAUUGAUGCAGCGUUUGCUUUGCACAAGACUGAUGAGGCAUACCUCUUUAAAGGAGAUUACUACGCGCGCAUCAACUUUGCCCCCGGCACCACAAAUGACUACAUCACUGGUGGCAUCAAGAAGAUCCUUCCGUAUUGGCCCACUUUAUGUAGCGUCUUCCCUCGCAAAAAUAGUGG